GGCGGGUCGAGUUAGCGCUCUGGGAUACAGCCGGUCAAGAAGACUAUGACAGACUACGUCCGCUCUCUUAUCCAGACACUGAUGUCAUUCUCAUGCGCUUCUCCAUUGACAGCCCUGACAGUCUUGAGAACAUCCCUGAGAAGUGGACCCCCGAGGUGAAACACUUCUGCCCUAAUGUUCCCAUUAUACUGGUGGGAAAUAAAAAGGACCUGCGCAAUGAUGAGCACACCCGAAGGGAGCUUGCCAAAAUGAAGCAGGAACCUGUGAAACCAGAGGAUGGCCGGGACAUGGCUAACAGGAUCAGUGCCUUUGGAUACAUGGAGUGCUCUGCAAAAACAAAGGAUGGUGUGAGGGAAGUUUUUGAAAUGGCCACCAGGGCGGCACUACAGGCCAGGCGGGGAAAGAAGAGCAAUAAAUGUGUCCUACUGUAAACGGGGGCAUGAGGACUGCUUCCUACAGGGGGUGGGGGGUUUAAACCUACCCCCCAAACACACCCACGAAAAGACUGUUCUCUCCAGUGCAAACUCAAAAGCACUUAGCAGAUGCAGUAUGAUGGGCACUGUGGACUAACACAAGCCGCUCUUUGGUUAUCUCAACUAUAGCCUGACAGAUACAGGAUGUUUGAGGCUGAUAUCUCUUUUUGAAAGUAAUCUACACUGUUAAAUAGACCAAACAUUUUUGAUGAGGAUCCCUUAUAUUGGUUAAUAAAAAAAUCAUUCAGUCUUAGGAAAAUUAACAGUUUUGAUCAUUGAUUUUUCACACAAAAAUUCCAUUAUUAAUUCUAGAUUACUUCCUUCGUCAGUAUCACUGCUAAUACCGUCACAUCGCAAAGAAUCGGUAUCAGCA